CCUCGCCAACUAGUCGUGUUCACGGCGCCACACGAAAAGCACGCGCGGCUCUCCUUAGAACCGGCCCGCACCCGAAUAAUGUUUCAGUGUUUGACUAACUCAAUCGGAGGUCUCGGAAGAAGUACCGUAUUUAAUUUACACUGUAUAACCAACCGCAUAUUCUCAGUGAGUGUUACGCAGUGCGUGCGGAAAAAACUUUGUCGAAGAUUCUGAAGAAUCUUGUGUAAAAUUGUGUAAUUCGCCGGCUGCGGUCGGAUCGCGUUUUGCACAAACUUUCUGACGGUGUGCGUGGAACCCAUCGCGCGCAUCGUCCUUGUGAUAAGAGGCCACUGUGAUAUCGACGAGUUCGUCUUAGCUUUAAAACUAGUUAGGCUUUAGUUAUACAAAAUGUCGACGCCAAUCGACGCCCACAUACUUCAGUUCGACGUAUGGGAGACGCUGGACGAAGAGUCAAUGGAGUUGACUCAAACGUCGGAGUUCUGGACUCAAGUGCAAUACGAAACUGAAAGAUUCGACUUGGUCCCACCGGCGAAUUUAAAUAACAUCUUACAAGAUAGCGACGUGGAUUGGAGGAUUACUGAGACACCAGAGGAGCAUAAAGACAACAUAGUGCAUCAUGAUUGCAUGUGGGCUGGCUCAUGUAUAGACUCUGUGCAUCCUAGCAAUACAUUCGUGCCGUCUGAUUUGAUAACCGCGACGCCUGGUCAGAGUCUGCUGCGACGAGACACUUCGCCACCCCGGCCGGAGACGCCUCCCUCGCUGGAUGGUGAUGAGCACCCGCAAUUCCGACACGCAGUGGACGUGGCCGGCACCGCUCUCCGGCUGCUGCGGGACUCUGCGGCCGUCGCAGCGGACCACUCUUACACCCUCGCUCGUCAGCACUUCGACUGCCUUGGAGUUCAAACACCUUCUGACUCGUGCGAAUCAGAGGAGGAAAUCGAUGUGGUGUCACUCGGAACUUCACAACAACCACUGGCUUCAACAUCGCAAUUGCGUGUGGAUUCUUUGCCACGAGCGCCUUCCGUCCAGGAACGGCAUCAUAUACAGCGUACUGUUGAGAACGUUAUGAACGUGAGACCACCCGCUAGAAAACGUUUAAUACCACCAACGACUAUGCCAUCGGCCUCAGUUCCCCGACGGCGGAGAGGUCCCGGCAGAAGAGGUCGUUCUAAUACCGACACGGAUUCUGAAGCAGAAUCCCCUGAAAUCGAGCGCCGUUCGAUCCAUAACGAUAUGGAACGCUUAAGACGUAUCGGUCUCAAAAACCUCUUCGAUGAGCUAAAGAAGCAAAUCCCUGCCACUAGGGACAAGGAGCGAGCGCCGAAAGUAGUGAUUCUGCGAGAGGCCGCUUCCCUCUGUCGCAAACUACGAGACGAGGAGCUCGAGAGGGAGUACCUUAAAAAGCAGCAGAACAAAUUGGUGGCCAAGUUGAAAAAACUGCGGACGAUGUUAGCGUCACGUUAUCGCCCGUACUGAGCGUCGUGUGUGAAACACUGGUGACCGUUUCGUUUGAGAGGCCCGGUCUUCUCCUCGCGACUCUUAGGGACUGGUAACUUUCUAUUAUGUCAUGAAAACGUAUUCGUACGUUAGGAUUUGUACAAUAGGUACUGCGACAAAUGUCCCUGAUAAGAUAUCGGGUCGUCGUGGCCGUUUGAUUGCAAUCGAUCUCUUCGCAACGGAGUCGUAUUGUAGUUGUAUAUUAUCAGCUUGUACGGCUUACUCUGCUUCUGUGAGAAUGCGCGUUAAUGUAGUCGUGACACGAUAACCGCGGGUUUGUUUUGCUCAAACGACAUUUUGCAGUGCCAAAGUGAGCCAUAAAGCUGCUUUCUAUAAAUCCAACGUCUUCAGUAAAUUUCUUAAAUAGUUACAGACUGCUUUGUGAACUAGUAGACUGGUUUUACCUCUAAAACGUUUUUUAAUUCAUUAAAAGUAAUUUAUAGUUGACAGUGCAAACAGACAAUCAUGUUGAUAAAAAUGUCUUCAUUAUUUUAUGUUUCGACAGUGAUUAGUGUUUUUUACUGAACCCUCUCUUGAUGGAGUAACGAUAGGCCGUGCACUAAUAGCGGUGCGUUUUGAAUCGCACUUCGUAAAUACUGUAAAUAAGAUUGGUAGAGUGACGAUAGUCUUGAAUUUAUUAGUUAGGCUGGCAGAAAGUUGUUGUUGGCUUUACGGAAAGUUCUAGAGGCGCUGGCCACUAUAUAUGUUUUCGGCCCGGUUCGUAGGAUUUUCUUUUUAUCCCGCGUCUCGUCGUUAAAAUUCGCGAGAGCAGGGUAGUGAUAUCAAUAUUGUUUUAACUUGAUAUUAUUAUAAGUGUACACCUAGAUUAGUUCGCUUACGGUUUUUUGUAGUGUUUUUGUUAUUUUGUAAAUUUUAACACUUUUAAUGUUUUUUUUUUAAUAUGUCGCGCAAUUAACAUAGAAUCACUGUAAAAUAAAACAUCAUUGUGAAAUUUUCGACAACUUGGACCAUUUUUGAGAUAAUUAAUUAUUAUUCGUUAAUAUUGCACCUUUAUAAAAUGCAUUUCAUAACACAUGGUUUAUAUUAUUGUAUGAAUGAAUAUUUAAUAAAAUGGCGUGCGACUAAUUGUUUUCGCGCCUUUUUUCAUAGUAAUGCCACUGACAAAAACAGCAAAUAAAUGGACAAUCGAAAAUAAUUAGUAUGCGCGUUAAAAGGUGAAUAAAUUUGCACAUUCAUUAUUGACUAUUGUAUAUGUAUCAUAAUUAUUACUUUGCUUUAGUAUAUACAGAUUAUAUUUUAUCCAUAUGGAUAUUAAUAUGGACGCAAUAAUAGAAUGGAUUUUUUUUUUAAAACUUAAGUUAAGUUACUAACUUUGAUUCAGUGAAAAUAAUAAUCUCAGUGACUAAUGUCCGUUCAUUAAAAAAUAGACUGUGUAUUUUGAUAAUAACAUCAUGACCUACGAUUACAGUUAGCCCGUAUUGGGCUUUAACAUAAAAAUAACCACGAAAUAGUUCCUCAUAGUACCUACUAAUAGAAAAUUUGCAUUUUCUUUAUUAUUAUAUUAUAUUUUAUUGCAGUAAGUUAGUGAUGUACUCGCGAUAGUUAUGAUAAAGUUGAAAGUGAAAGCCUGGCUGGAAAUAUUAAUUUUGAGCCGGACUGGAUUUGGCAUAGAUUAUAAAUAUAUAAUGGACGCCGUUUUUUUUCUGGUCAGGCUUUUCAAAGGUUGAUGUUUUAUCAUGCACAUGGUCAGCAGAAUUGUACGUUUGAAGGCUUUAAUUGUGUGCGGAAUGUGCCUUGCUAUGUACAUAUACAUAAAUAGAUAAUAUUAGGUUUAUACUCGAAUUAGUUGCAAGAAAUAUUUUUUUGUGAGAAAUAUUAUUGUAGGGAUAUAGUGUUGUUCUUAUAAGUAAAGUAGUGGUACACGAGGAGGUUUAUAUUUAUCGUGUUAAAGAUUCGCAGUUUAUCUUCCACUAGGCGUAUAAUGUACAUAAUAGGAACUAGAUCAUAGAUGUAUGUCAUCUUUUUUAUAAACAAGUUUUUUUUUUCUAGUAAUUGUUUAAUUUUUUCAUAACUGGAGAGUUACGAAUUCUCGAAUGUUGUACCUGCAUUUAAUUUUUUUUUUUUGUUAAUCUUGACAUAAAUAAUAAAGAUAAUAAUGAUUUAGUUAUUUUAAAAUAACAUUGGUUUCAUACGGUGUUUAAUGGAAAAUAACGUUUACAUAAGGAAAAGUCAGUAAGUUAAUGGUAUAAUAAUAGUAAGAAAUGACAGCUUUAUAUUUGGUAGGACAGAUCGAGAUAAUUAAAGCAAUGCACAUUAUUUGUGACAAGGCACAUUUCCACCACUGCCAAAUGGAAAAUAUGAAUAGAAAAAAAAAUACAUAGCAACUUUGGUUUUGUAUAUUUUAUAAAUAAGGUUGGGAUGAUUAAGUCAUGUUAUAGUUUAAUUUUUAUUACUUUUUCUUUGUAUAGUAUCCUUAUGUAAGAUGGAACAUCUAACCGUCGUCUGCGGAUUGGGACCAGUCGAGAGAUGUAGAGAUUUUAUAAACCGAUUGGUUUUCUUUUGUAUAAAAAUGUCGGGAGACGAUGACGUAAGAGAUCCCGCGGUUCGCAGGCGACGGUUGCUUGUACGCCGCUACAGAGAAUGCAGGAUGCAAAAUAGAUUCCGCCUAACAUUAAUGUUGCACUUUGCAAUCUUUGAAGCGGCGUUUAAAAUUACAAAAACACAUUUGUACUUACCACGUCUGAGUUUUUUUGGAUACUAUUAUUAUGAGGAGAAAAGUUUUUUGGUUUUUGUUCCUUAAUUAUGUGUAUCAAAACCUUAAGAUAAUCAUUAAAUAUGAAAAUAAAUGAUAAGUCGGAAUGUGCAGAGCUCAGAAACAGUUGGCUAUUAGAUUGUGAUUUUUAUACUUUUUUGGUAUAUCGGGGGGAUGGUUAAAUUGACGUUCAGAUUCUGUGAUUUUUUGUACCUGGGUGGUACGUGUUGGGGUACUGUUUCUCAAACUCUGCUUAGUUCGACUGAAAAAAAAA